AUUCACCUUUGACACCGUUCUCCUGCACUCGACUCGUGACGCGAGGCCUGACAAACAUAACAUCGUCACAGCGAAUUCUGGCCUGGUUCGGCGCCAAAUCCAUGCAUUUUGCCCCAAAUUUCAGCUGCUAGAGUAACUUGAAGGACCCAGGAACCAUGUCAGGCCCGCCACCGUCGCGUCAGAUGAGCGGAACCAAGGAAAUUCCGACCAGGAAAGUGCUGUUGAACGACCCGAACCAGCUGCCGUCGGACUACAGCACCACGCCAGGCGGGACAAUGUUUGGAACAACCCCCGGAGGCACACGUAUCAUCUAUGAGCGGCAGUUUCUGAUGAACCUACGGGAUUCGCCUCUAGCCAGGACACCCCCAGCUAACCUUCCCAUCAUCCCUGGUGUUACGGUGAAAGCCGACAAGGCCGUCAAGACCAACGGUCAGGUGGCUUGCAGUGCAAACAGCAAAGAGGGAGUGACUAACGAUAAUGCUGAGGAGCCUCAGUUUGAGAUGGACAUCUGAGCAAAGGAGCAGGCAGCAUGCAUUCAUCAGGUAGUCUACCGCCCUCGUGUGGGGGAAAUAAUCACACAGGGGGAAUGUUAGGGUUUGGGCAUUAUCAAAGAAAACACCACUCCAAUCGAGGGACUUUAGAAAAUGGGGAAACAACCGGUGCAAUAACGCAGUGUCGUCCAAAGUUGCUUCAGAAAAGACAGAAAGUUUAUCAAGUCGGUGAAUGCGUCAGUGUAGAAAAAUUUGAGCGACUCAAUGUUUGUGUUUGUGCGUGUUGAAUUGUGUCGAUCCGUCAGCACCAAUGAUUCUUUUUGGAAUGAUAGAUGCCCUAGACAGGCCAAAAGACUGGAUUUUCUUUUAUAAAUGAUUCAGUUGAGCGCCCAGUUGAGUGACAUUUGUGUUAUGGAUGCUGUUUCCAUGGUAACUUCAACACGGUGCUUGGUUUUACGGACACGUUUCUCUAGUUUAUUGCAUCCUGAUUAUCUUCUCCAACUUGUUGCGAUGACACUUCAGCCAGGGACAGAAAUAUAAUCAGCUUUUGCAACGACAGAGUUGAACUCAGAACUAUGGAUAGAAUUGCAAAAUGUUUCUGUGAUUGUCAUUUCUCUACUCCACCUUGAAAACAGGAGCAGACCUUUUCAUCCUAUAAAUGCAGAAGGUUAAUACUGAAUUAUUUGAGGUCUUUGCAACUUUGUUAUUCAGUUUCAAUAUUUAGCCCGCCUGUGGGCGACUGAGUAGAGUUUCAGUAUUUCCAUAGAAAUAUAUUACAUGGUCCUCUCAACAUUAAUUUAUUCCAAAACCUAUGCAUGGCAUACAAUGUAUAGGUCAAUUCGUAUGUUCAUUUUCACUUUUGUGAACAAAAAUAAUUGCCUGCUCUAUCAAAAUGAGGAUUCAGGGAAAUAUUGUCAAAAUAUGUGAUUUCUUUUAGCGAUGGAUUCUGUAUUGAACGACAUUCUGACAAGAUUUGUAAAAACUGUCAAUUUGAUUUUGUUCUAUUGACUUAAGUUUGCAUUUCAACAAACAACUUUUGAUCAUAAUUUUGUAACCUUUUCGAUACACAUUUCAAACUGCGAACUAAAAAACAAUUUAUAUAAAAAAUGGUAUCUUCUUGCAAGUUGUUCCUUAUUUUGAUAGAGCAAUUUGAAUAUUCCUAACCACAUAUAUACACGGGUCCUACACUAUGAAAUAACAUGACUUAAAGUUUUCUUAUUUGCCCAAAAACUGAAGUACCACUCUGGAUAAGUUGGUUUUGUUUUAACCAUCUAUAGAAUUCAAAAUUUCCUUUUGAAUCAACAUAUGGCAUGACUCCAAUAAAUCCUAGAUUUGAAUUCAAAAGGUUGAACUACAUCAGGGAUAUUUGGAUUUUUAAAAAUAUAUUAGGAUGUUUAUCGGAAGUUUGAUGGUUACUUUGACUUUCAAUCAAGAUAUAGAGCCCAUGUUUCACUGACCAAAUACAUUUCUUCCUUAUUACAAAAGGGACUUCAAAAUACAACUUCUCAGUUUUGCAUUAUAUAUCUGUCCAUUUUUGCAAAAGCAUGGACUUUAUAUCUUAAAGACAUCCUUCAAAGUUCCCUUGUAUGCCGUGAUAAACCUUACUAUAGCUUAACGCAUUAAGCCAUUUGCAGUGGCAUAAUGUACUCUACACACAAACUGUAGCUGGCCAUAGCCACAACUGACUAGCCACUGCAACUGGCUUAACACAUUAUCAGAAAAAGUACAUAUAAUGUGUCACUAACCCAAUUAUAUACAUGUAUGGUCACAUGACUAAACAAUCAUGAAUAUACUAAUGAAACUAAAUUAAUUUAUUUUUCUUCAUUGUAAAAACUUGCAACUGUUCAAUUUCUUCAUAAGAGAAGUAAGCUUCUUUUUUUUGUCCUCGAACUCAGUAAAAAAAAUUAAGUCAGGCAAGUAAGUUUUUUUCCUCUCGAAAAACAAUGUUCCAGGAAAAAAAAUAUGCACAAUUAAAAUUCUGAAGGUAUAAACUGAUGUACAUAGGAGUUUUUAAUUUGCUUUUCAAUCCAUUUUUCUCUUGAAUUUUUUUUUCACCUCAGUGUGUGCCCCGUAUAAAAAUAAAUAACGGGCACAAAUGUUGCCUACUUUCAACAUAGUAAAAUAUUUCAUAUUUUAGAAAUUCAGUUUUGGGGUGGGGAUAGUAAUGUCAUUUGUCAGAUUACAUUUCUCUCUUUUUUUUUAAGGUAAAAAAUCCAGAGAAGAAAAUGUUAUAUUUUUUCCACUUCAGGGUCCCCAAAUUCUGUGGUUCAUUUCAUUUUUUUUGGGCAGCUCUACAGUAUGUAUCUAGCAGUUGGAUCAGGGUUCAGUUUAGUAUUGUUCCUUACAAAAUCCAAGGGGGAUGGUAAUUUUAAAAUAUGCAAGGUUUAUUCCUAAAACUCUUUCAAAAUCUCUUUGAACUGUGAGUCUGAUUUGUGUCAAUAUUUGAUUCAGAUGACCACAGAAUCAUAUAUAUUCAUGAACCCUAUCUGUGUCAAACUCGUGAAUAUUAUUUGACAGAUUAUGUUGUCGUCUGUUGGUAAAUAUGCCCAUAAUGUCGACCAAUCAGAAAAUGGAGCCAGCUCAUGAAUAUGUAUUUGAUGGCAUGCCUACCAAGUUAUGGCAGCUCAGACUGUGUCAUAAUGAUUUUCUUUUGGGGAAAAAAGACACAAAGCACACCAUUUUUACUUCUAAAUUUCAUUUUGCCAAUUGUCAUGAGUGACUGGUAUACAUACAUACCUACAGUAUUUACUUUAAAAAUGUAAUAGACCGACCCGUUAGGCUCCGCCCACUGCGCACGUGGGCAAUAAUGUAUCCCCAAUAAUGCCACACUGCAUGUCGGACUUAGCUCACGGCUGUGAUUGGUCAAAAUAUAGUUGGGCGGGGUAUAGUGGAUCGGUCUAUUAUUUGGCGGGAAAUAGGAAAAAAUGAAGUUCCAUGAAUUAAUGAAUAAACUUGAUGCAAUGUGCUCUAUAGUCAAACAUGAUGGAUUUGGCAAUGGAAAGUGCACAUCCAACAAAUCUACUGAACAUUAUAUAUCGCUUAAGCAAAAAUAUCAGUUACUAGCCAAUAUUGUGCUAUGUAAGUUUAUUUUUGUUGUGUUUAAGCCGGUUUUCUAAUUGGUAAUGGCACCUGGGACAUGAAAAGAAGUAUUAAAACAAAAACUCGACCCGAAUGAGGUACAGAA